AUGUGGCGCAUUUCUAAAGUUUUUAAAGACGUCACGAGGUGGAAUUCAGCUAGUCAGCUGAGUCGUUUUUCACCUCUCUUACUGAGAAAAGAUUACAGCUCGUCAAACGCGGGAGACUCUGACGUAAAAGCUGGAGUUCCUUAUACGACUCUCCAGGUAGGCAGAGCUUAAAUUCGCGCACAUUUUCUGUUAUUUAUAUGUGUUUUUUUUUUCAGUAAAUAUUAUUUUGAUGAAGGUCGGAACACCUCGACGUAAACAGUAACCUAUUCACGAAGACCCCUAAGAGGAACUUUUGGAAAUUUGAUCCCUUUUGACACCCGUCAACAAAAUUUUCAAAUAAGAGAGGCCAGUGUCAAACGGGAAGCGAAUUCCCACAUCCUCUCUGUGAUCCCCCUCCACAAUUCUAACCCCACAACUAACCCUAAUCCUGACCCCUAAGCACAACCUCUAACCAUUAACCCCAAACCCUAACCCUAAAACCUUUUUUUUUUAAUGUAUGAAAGACCAUGUUUACUGCGAAAAGGCGUCACAGAGCCCGUCACAGAGUGGAUGUGGGAAUUCAUUUACCGUGUCAAACAGCAUAUUUCACAUUAGUCAAACUCUUAAUCAGGUUUUUACAGCCCAGCCCCCGAGUUUUGCAGUUACUUCUUUGUGCCCGCCACGUAACAUAACGUAAGCUUACUCGUACUGUAAACUGCCUCUUAAAACCCAUGUAUGCCUGCCCACAUGUAGCAAUAUUUAAUCCCUGUUGAUUGAUAUUUGAUUUGGACAUGAUUUCUUUUAAAUUUAAACCUCGCAUCUAAAAUUUAUUUAAAUUUAAAAGGGUUUCAUUUAAUCCUUUGGAAAUUUUAUUUAAACUUCUUACGAAAAUCCAUUUAAUCUUCCAUUAAAUUAUGGUUUAAACUUUGACAUUUUCAUUUUAUUCAUUUUAUCCAUUUAAAUUUAAACUUUGGAAUUCCCAUUUAAAAUUUACUGAAAAAUGUCUUUUAAACUGCUGAAUGCUAACUUAAUCCUUUAAAUUGAAACGUUAACAAAUUUCUUUUAAACUUACCAAUGUAAAUUACAUUUAAACUGCGAAAGUAAAAUUCAUUUAAUCUUCCUGGGGCGAGCUCGGCCGGAAUCACGUGCUCAGGUCAAAUGGCAAGGUCACAUGUCGUAUCCUCAGCUGCCAUUUUUAUCUGCAGUAGAAAGUGUGGACGAAGGAACGAAAGGAAGAGUGAGCGAAUUACUAAGUGAGGCAUCAAGGCUUCUGCCUUACAGCACCUCUUCUAAUGCUGCUUCAAAUUCCACUUGUCCAGCUGCGAUACCGCAGGCAACAAUCAACAAAACUCUCAGGCGUGCUCAGGGGAUGCCGAGCGAAACAGACUGUUCAUAGCCCCCUAUUUUUCGGUGAGAUAGCGGUUGUGAUAUAGCGUGUCUUAUAGUUAAUGGCGGCCAUCUUGAUUUUCAAAUGACCGAGGGGGCGGACAUCGGAUAUCAUGUAUUCAUGUAGCUCUAGGGGGAGGGGGGCGAGAAAAAUAGAGGGCCGGCCUGUAAUAACAUCACUGCAGCUCGCGUUCAGGGAGUGCGUUGUACCAGCAACGCAGGCGUUUGAUUGGUAAUUAGACAAUAGAUGUUAAUUUGCAUCAAGUGACAACAGGUUUAGUUUAAGUUGCCGACACUGACAAGGCUUUGACAAGUCGUCGUUUCUAUAAAACGUACACUUUCAUAAUAGUAUAAGGCACAUCUUGCCCAAACACACGAAGGAAUUUAGGCAUUUUGCGGGUGAAUCACAUAAGCCAACAUGCUUUUGAAGCAGCUUGGCCAGGGGAAUGUUGUAACACCGUUUCUCCUAAACGAAUUGAAAUUAUGUGUCUGGCAUGUUUUUCACUGCUAGCAGAGUUUCUUAAUAAAUGAAUGGUAAAAGGCGUAAAUUGCUGUCAUGCCUCCUGAAGGCGAGCUGCAGUGAUGUUAUUGCAGUCCCUCUAUUUUUCUCGCUUCCUCCUAAACCUUCCUCCGCCCCCUAAGUAGUUUUGACACUCAUCCAAGAUGACAACCCGUACCGCAUAGCGCUCGAUCUCGACGAUCUUACGGGAAAAUAGGGGACUGUGAACAAUCUAUGAGUUCAUCUAACGGUCUCUGUAGAAGAUUAGGGAAUUUAAGAUAGCUCUCUACCGUAGACUGGGACAGUUGGAUGCUUUACGGGCGGCCUGGCCCAUGACGGUAAGAAGGCGCGAAAAUUUGCAAUUUACGAUCAGACAACAAAACAGAGGAUGGUGAAGUCAUAUGCGAAACUCGCAUGUAAUUUCUUUUGCAGAAGGCUCAAUUACUGAAGAAGAGUUUCUUAUUUAAAACGAAGAAUACCAAUCAAAAGAAUAAGGGUACAAAUUAAAGCUAGCUAGUUUUUAAAACUAGUCGAUGUUUUUUGUGGUAUCGCAGCUGGACAAGUGGAAUUUGAAGCAGCAUUAGAAGAGGUGCUGGAAGACAGAAGCCUUGACGCUUUCCACACUUUCUACUGCAGAUAAAAAUGGCAGCCGAGGAUACGACAUGUGACCUUGCCAUUUGACCUGAGCACGUGAUCCCGGCCGAGCUCGCCCCAGGAAGAUUAAAUGAAUUUUACUUUCGCAGUUUAAACAUAAUUUACAUUGGUAAGUUUAAAGAAAUUUGUUAACGUUUCAAUUUAAAGGAUUAAGUUAGAAUUCAGCAGCUUAAAAGACAUUUUUCAGUAAAUUUUAAAUGGGAAUUCCAAAGUUUAAAUUUAAAUGGAUAGAAUGAAUUAAAUGAAAAUGUCAAAGUUUAAACCAUAAUUUAAUGGAAGAUUAAAUGGAUUUUCAUAAGAAGUUUAAAUGAAAUUUCAAAAAGGAUUAAAUGAAACUCUUUUAAAUUUAAAUAAAUUUUAGAUGCGAGGUUUAAAUUAAAAGAAAUCAUGUCCAAAUCAAAUAUGAAUCAACAGGGAUUAAAUAUUGCUACAUAUGGGCAGGCAUACCCAUGCCCCACCACUUAUCAGCCCUCCCAGUUAUUAAAUACAUUAAAAAUACAUCCAAUUGUAAGGCCUGUUUCAAACGUUGUGCUACUGCCGUGCUAAGCUGGCUCGACUGUAGCUCGACUGCAGCCCGACACUAGCACGACUUGGAUUCAGACGUCCAAUUUAAUUCAGAUGAAUAGAACGGCUGUUUCCCAAAACAAAACACAAAAAUAAAGAAACAGUUUAGCAAACUUUUAAAUGUAUUCUAAUGUAUUUAUAAUUUAUGAACUGGGUUCGGCACAGCAGGAGCACGACAUUUGAAACCAAGUGGAGCUACUUGUAUUCACUAAUUUGAACAAUUCAGAUUCUGGGAUUUUCCAUUUCAAACUGUUAAGGUGUUUUAUAACGUCCUUAGUAAUGACUGAAUCUAUUAUAAAACAGACAGAAGACAAAAGAGCUCCAGAUUCUGUCCAAGCUGAAGCUGAUGUUGUAAUAAUAGGUGGAGGUUCUGUUGGUGCUAGCACACUGUACCACCUCACCAAACUUGGUGUUAAAAAUGCCGUCCUGUUAGAAAGGGAUCAGCUCACUUCUGGAACAACCUGGCAUAGCGCUGGCCUUGUGUGGAGAUUACGACCCAGUGAUGUUGAGGUGGAGUUACUUAAUUGGACGCGCAAACUUGCAAAAGAUAUUUUAGAAGGGGAGACAGGGUUGUGGCCUGGGUGGAAUGAGAAUGGAGGCUUGUUUAUUGCCAAUAACAAGGAAAGAUUGGAUGAGUACAAGAGACUAAUGACUGUAAGUUUGGUACAGCAUAAUUUAAACCAUUGUUAACAAUAUUAUAGAAUAAGACAGUGUACCUUAUUACAUGAAAUUUUGGCGAUGUGUUAAUUUAGCGAUUUAAAAAAAUCCAAAUUUAGCAGCCCUUUAAUUUAGCGAUUUUUUGAAACUACAGUAAGUCACUUUAUUUUUUGCAAAUAUUUCAUGAACUGAAACUUUGGCGAUGGUAUUGAAAACUUUUACAAUGACAAGAGAACAGUAACUGUUACGUGAUAAAAUCAUAAAUGUCAGUAGCUUCAUUCAAAUCAAAAUCAUGCAACAUUCUGAAACUUAAUUUUGAAUACCAAACAAAAUAAUGAAACUGCAACUGUAAUGUCACAUGUGAAUGCUGUCCUCACUCAUACUUAAGGUACACAAAGUCAGUGAUAAACGUAAUAAUCAACCGUAAAAUAACACGUGUGUGAAACUGAUCAGAUGGUGGAAUUUCAUAUUGCACUCAUUUUCAUUUAACAACAAUAAUUUAAAUUCAGUGACACUUAAUUCUGGUGCAUUUUAAUUCAGCAAUUUUUAGAAAAAUCACUAAAUUUGCUAAAUUAAAGUGUUAAUUGCCAAAAUUUUACGUAUUAAGGUGUUAGAUAUUGGUAUUUAUUAGGGUGCAAAGAAAAUCAUUUCUACAGCUUGCCAUUCGGGCAAACUGAAGCUAGCAUUUACUAGCCCAGAUAUCAUUUCAACUAGCCCCAAAAACUUUUUGACUAGCAGAAUUGAUUACAUAGUUCUUCUGUUAUUCAAAUUCCUCAAAGAACAUCACUUGCCCGUCGGGCAAGUUAAAAACAGAAUUCACUAGCCCGAUAACAAAAUCCACUAGCCCCGGGCUAUCGGACACUACUUUCUUUGCACGCUGUUUAUGCAUCAGCAUUUUAUAGUUAUACUGUCCAUAUCCACUUGACAUGAUGUGGGUAUACUUGUAGCUAGCUGGGAGUGAAAUCAAUGCUUGAAAUUAACUUUGUUGUCGAGUAAACUAGAUAGUUGAAAGAUGAACAUUGUUUUGUUGCUGUUAAAAACCUGGGGGUCCAUUUGUCAGAAGUCCUGGUGCUUUCAAGGCCCCAGAAAACUGUUUUCUGUACAUUUUAAGAGAAGAAUUCAAUGGUUUAGCAGAUACAUGUGAAUGUAAUAUGAUAAAACUGGCAGUUAAUAAAAUGAAAUGGAUUGGUUUGGUAGCCAAGUCCCACACUGUACUUGUUAGAUUCUGGUUUCAAUUUUGGGUUUUGGGCCCAAAAAGUUAUCCGAACUUUCACGAAACAGGCCCCUGGGCUGGCUUCUGGCCUCUAAGCAUGCUUUUGUUACAACAGCUUACUGUAAAAGACAACAUAUGAUUUUUUUGGAAUAUAUUGUUUGUGUAAGUUGCAGUUUUUAUAUUGUUUCCAAACCAAACAGCUUGGCAAGGUUUAUGGGGUUGAAUCAUUUGUUCUUGGACCCAAAGAAUCCAAGGAACUGUAUCCAUUGAUGAAUGUAGAUGACUUGUACGGCACUUUGCACAGUCCUGGAGAUGGCACCAUUGAUCCUGCCAGCUGGGCUACUACACUUACAAGAGCAGCUGUAAAAAAUGGUGGAAAGGUGGGUGGAGUGGUGAAACAACAAAACAACUUUGACAUUGUACUGGUUGAGGUUUAAAACAAAAAUAUUGUAGGCUUCUUAACCAAGGAUAAUUCUCAAUUUCCCUUUUCUUCAAGCCGCAUAUUAUUCAUGUAAAUUGAAGGGCUAGGAGACAAAAUUGAGAAUCAAUAUAUUUCAAGUUUAAAAGCUUUUAACCUGAAUUUUAUUUUGACCUCCAGCAUAAUAUAGAGAGUCAAACUAAAACAGGCAGAUACAAUGGUCUGUAACAUAUAUAAGCCUGUUACGUAUUGCUUACUUGUAAAAUAUGUAAUAAUUAAUAAACAGUUCCAACAGUUCCUGUGUCGGCACAUUUUGAUGAAUACCAAAGUGAUCAAAUGUGAUACACCUUAGUAAUGGAGGUAGCUUUUGAUUGGUGAUUCCAUCUGUCAGGGGAAUGUAGAGAAUAGUCUAGUCUGAUACUUUAGGAGUGGGAAUUACAUUUCACAUGAUCAGGAGGAGCAGGGCUUGAAAAAAGUCCUGUCCAGUAAUCAGGGACAAGUACUGUAGAUUUACUUACUGGGUAAGAAAUACGUACCCAGUAGGAAAGGGUCCAGGUAAGUCUUCCUCUAACAAAAUCAUUAACUACAUGUACAAUGAUUAAGAAGUGGCCCCAGGCAAGCAAAAGAAGAGAGCUGCUUACCCAAAAGGACAAGCUGGAAUUUAAGUUUUUUUUCUAGCCCAGUGGUACAUGCAAUUCUGCAUGUAGGUCAAUAAAACAAAGCACCUUAUGCUGAAUUGAAUAUCAUAAAAACAUGGAUAAAUUGUGUUCUCGUUUUCUGGAAAAUGACCAGUCUAUAUGUAUUUAUUGUUCAGGGCAAAAAUAACAAUGCAUUUUUUCUGCUACAGUACAGUUAAUCACUCAUAGUUCCAAAAUCUUACCUUGUUUUCUGAUUUUUCUACCCAGGUAUAUGAGAACUGUCCUGUGACUGGAAUUGAAACAAAAGUGGAUGAUUUAGGACUGAAGAGAGUGUCAGCAGUUCAGACUCCGAGUGGAACUAUUAACACAAACUGUUUAGUUAAUUGUACAGGAGUGUGGGCGCCUAAUGUUGGUGCACUGUGUGGUGUUACGGUACCUCUGGUUGCUAUGUACCAUGCAUAUAUUGUUACAGAAAGAAUUGAAGGGAUACAGAACAUGCCAAAUGUGAGAGAUCAUGACGCUUCUGUGUAUCUUAAACUGCAAGGAGAUGGACUGUCUGUAGGAGGUUAUGAAAAUAAUCCAAUAUUCUGGGAUGAGGUAAGAGCAAUGCAAUAGACCUUUUUACUGAUACGGCAGCCAUAUUGAAAUUAUUAGUUUUAAGGAGUAUUGUGGGAUGUCCAGGGGGCCCUCGCUCAGUAUUUACACGCGCUUUUUGCACAAAAAGAGAACUUCACUGUGCAUUUCACGGGAAAAAGGCGAUAAUUAUGACGGCCAAACACAGCACAACGAUCUUUUUUUUCCAUUACAAUCUUUUUCUAGGAAAACAUAAAGAAAAAUUGGCCCCAAAAGCGCGUAAAUAGUGAGCGAGUAUAUGGGAUCCUGCUCAUGCCCCCUAGGCAUCCCAUAAUACUCCUUAAAUCUAAUUAAUUCAAUAUGGUUGCCAUAUCAGUAAAAAGGUCUAUUUGAAUUGUGUUCUAAACAUACAUGUGUCAACUUUGUGUUUCUAUUGUUAUUUUUUGGUGAGUUUGAGAUAAGGAUUAUCUGUUUGAAAGGAACUGUAGAAUCUUUAACCUUAACACUCUCUUGCUUCUUUUGUCCUCAUAAAAUAUGUACAGAUUUUUUGUAGGUGAAAAAUCACAACAGAUUGUAGUCAUUAUAAAAAUAUACAUAUCUAAUUAUUUCAAAUUUGUACAAGGUCAUUUUUUCCAGUAUUGGUAGCACUGAAGAUUUGAUUUUACGUCCUAGAAAAUCUUCAAUAUAAAAUGAAUCAGUAUUUUCACUCCUUUUUAAACAGGGUGCAAAGAUUGCCUUUUGGGCAAGCUGUAGCUAGCAUAUGUACAUAUACUAGCCUAAAAUUCAUUUCCUUGGAAAAAUUUUGAUGAGCAGGAUCUACUUACAGUUCUUCUGUAAUUUGGAUUCUCUCAAACAACUUCAAUUGCAUGUCGGGCAAGUUAAGAAAAGAAUUUACGAGCCCAGAAGCAAACUCCACUAGCCCCAGGUUAUCAAACAAGAUUUUUUGGCAGGCUUCCUUAGAUAGUGCCAUUUCCUUUUAUUUCUAAGAAUGGCUGCUUUCUGUAAAAGUGGUAAAACUAUACUGAAUCAACAUCUUCUAUGACAAUUAUUACAUGUUAUUUGCUUACACUGGUACCCAUGUAUUUUUUUGCUGUUAUGCUCAGGUUAGUGACAAGUUUGCAUUCUCCCUCUUUGAUCUGGACUGGGAUGUAUUCAGUGCCCAUAUAGAGGGUGCAUGCAAUCGUGUGCCAGUUAUCGCUGAAACUGGUGUAAAAUCAACUGUUUGUGGCCCAGAAUCCUUUACUGCUGAUCACAAACCACUGAUGGGUGAGGCCCCUGAGCUGCGUGGAUUUUUUCAUGGAUGUGGGUUUAACUCUUCUGGUAUCAUGCUUGCUGGAGGAUGUGGCCGAGAGUUGGCACAUUGGGUUGUUAAUGGCCACCCACAACUUGACAUGUAUGGAUAUGAUAUAAGGUAAGAAGCCCAAAGAGUGACCAACAUGAAUUUUCUCAUAACAAUUUUAGUUCAUAAUUAAGGGAAGUGGUUAUGAGGGUUAAUAAAUGAUCACCAAAAGUUCUCAAGUCUUUAAGGAAAUGUAAAGAAAUCAGUCUGGAGAUUUUGUUGUUGAUAUUGCAGCUUGCAAGGUUAAAGGUAAUGUUACACAGGAUGAUUCACAAUGACGAUCUUUAGCGCAACACAGUGUUGGAAUGUUGGAACAAUGUUGUAACCAUUCGAAACAAUGUCGCAGCAAUGUUGCCACGCUGCAUUGCGCUAAAAAUCGUUCUUGCGAAUCGUCUCGUGAAACAUCACCUUAAGAGAAGAUUGUGUUUAUGCUUUUUGGCUGUUCCUUAUUUAUGUUUCUGACGCACGAACCCAAGUGUAAUAUACAUGUACUUCAAUAGGCCAUUUCUAGGUUGCUUCAAGUCUCUGUUUAAAAAUGAGGCUAAGUGCAAAGCCAUUGAUAUGAAAAUGAUUUAUUUGUUUUUACUGCAAAUCAAACUGAUUAUCACAAGAAAGGUUUUGCACUUAGCCUCGUUUUAAAAGGGAGGGUUUUUAGAACUCAGAAAUGGCCUAUAGCACUCAAGGUUGUUCACUUUCUUGUUUUACAUGUAAUGUUGCCAACUUUUUUCUUUCUAUUGCCUCGAUGUUCGAGAAGUUCAAGCAAAAUCUGUCGUUAUCAAGAUAUUUUGAGAUGGUCAGUUUUUAUGGUUAGAAAUACAGUGAAACCUGUAUUUAGCGGACACCGUAUUAAGUGGACACCCUCUAUUAAGUGGACAGUAGCCGAAGUCCCGAAUUUUAUCUCCCUUGUUUACUUUUAAUGAAACCUUUAUUAAGCGGACACCUCUAUUAAGCAGACGCAGACACCUAAAAAGUACCUGAAAUGGUCAUUUCUAUUUUUGCCAACCUGUAUUAAACGGACACUUGUAAUUAAAUUCCACCACCCAAUAUGCCAGACACAGGAAAUGCAAAAGAUUGCCACCCACAAAUUUUUCAAUUUUUAACAUGAUUAAAAAAUGUGACUUGACGAACUUAUUUGAUUCGUUUCACAGUGCAGUAUUGUUUUCUAUGUCGUUUUGUUUGUAUAAAGCUUGUUUCACUCGUCUGAUUUCUUCAAAUUCGAGUUGCAAUCUAUGUUUAUGGUGCUUUGAUCAAUUGCUCCAAUUAAAUAGAGAAAUUAAUGCAAACGUAUAUCGUCAUAGUCUCUGGGAGUACUGCUAAAUGUUUCCACUGUUCAUUUGAAUGGCAUUUGACAUCUCAUAUGAUGUUAUCUAUCGAAACCUGUAUUAGGCGGACACCCUGAAUUAAGCGGACACUACAGCAACCCCCGAGGGUGUCCGCUUAAUACAGGUUUCACUGUAUGGUUAAAACUGGACAAUCUUGACGUUCGGCUGUUAUCUUGGGAAAACCAAGCGCUUUUGAAAUGAAAUUUUACUUCAUAGUAGUUUCAACCUUUUUUAAAAUGGUAUGUAAAAGAUCAUGGAGAUAGCUCGAGCCAAUUGUUAGAAAGAAGCAUUUGAUUAGUAUGUAAGGAGGCGCUCUUGUUUGCGGUUUUGUAAACAUUUUGGUCUACUUUCAAAUAAUUUUUAUAUCACUCAAUAGACUUUUUAAAAAUUUGAGAUUCUCAAGAUUAACCAUCGUUUUAUAAUGACUUUUGAGUUUCAAGAUUGUUGAUAUAUUGUAAGGCAGUAAAUUAAGGGCUACAUUAGACAAUUAUUGUCUAAUUUUUUUUGUCAGAAAUUUCAUGUCUACAAGUGAGAGCCUCUCGUUAUUCAGGGGUAUUGGGGUAUUGUGUCCAAGUUUCAUAUUUUCUGCAUUUAAUUACAACUCUUCAGGUGAAAAUAAAACUUAAAAUGCGAGACUUGUAAUCUAGAGCCCCAAGUCUUGCCAUAACCACUACAUGGAUUUGUUCCCAAGUUCAAAUUCUCAGCCACACUUGUAAAGUAGGCAACUGAUUCACCUCCUACCAGUCGGGAUUCUUAACCAUUUUCUGUGCCAUUUGUUUGUUAUCCCUUAAAAGCCCCAUAAUAGGAGAGGAUUCAUAAUACUUAAUAAUAAUUUGAUAUUAAUACUUUAAAACACCCUUCUGAAUUCAUCAUUAGCAGUUCUUCAGUAAAUACCCUCGUUAACCCACCAUGAGAAAUCCUGUGCCUUUCGUACAGCUUUGGUCUAACGAGGUACCCCUUAGCAGCUACCGGUAUGUAGCAUGCCAUUAUAGUCCAUUAUAGGGAAUGCCUCAAACUGCAGGAAAGUUGAGGCAGCCUUUUGAAUUUAAACAAUUAAUUUUAUUGUCUGCACAUUGUUACUGUCACCUGCAAUGACCACCUCUUUAAUGAGACUAGUUAGUGAGUAUACAUCUGGAUGGAGAAAGCAAAGUUUUUCUUUUAUCCCAAAAGCAAAUAAUUUAGUAUGGUCAGGACAUGAAAUAUCAACUUUUGGAUCUGGAAUCCAACAUGUUUGCCAUUAUCGUACACCUUCCUUGUUUCCAUAUCUGUAAACAAUCAGUUAUAUUAUUUUUAUGGUCUAUAUUCUUGGUGAGAAAAGGAGCAUUAUUCACCCUGAUUGACUUUUGUGUGAAAAUUUACAGGCGUUUCCACUCGUCCAUCACAGCCGAUCAGAAGUGGUUAAGAGAAAGGAGUCAUGAAUCCUAUGCGAAGAAUUAUUCCAUGGUUUUUCCUCAUGAUGAACCACUUGCUUCCAGGAACAUGCGAUGCGAUCCUUUUCACAAGGUAAAGCAUCUUUAUCAAUGUCUGUACUUUCCAGUAAGAAAGUAAGAAUUAAGUGAUUUAACCUUUUUCUUGUAGUACCAGUAUAAAAUGCAUUAUUGGCCAAGUGUUAAGGCAGGCUGGCUUGAUAUUGGCCAUAUUUCAAAUUCUUUUUUAGUGUUUUUGUGGUCUUGCUACAACCACACUAAGGCUCUUAAAGGCCCAUGUUCACCCAAGUGGCUUUGCACGCUUGUGUUUUUGCUGUGAAACAUUUUUUUUUUUGCCAAAUUCAGUGUUUUGAUAAGGCAAAGUGUUCGUUUUUUUCACACUUGAUCAAAGCAUGAUUCUACACACAAUGAAGACCGCAAUUUUUAACUAAACAAGAUCAUUUUUCUGGAGAACAGGGUGCGCAAAGCUGCUUGGGUGAACAUGGGCUUUUAAUAAUUAUCCAAUACUCGUUUUUUUUAAAGGUUCUUUUAGACAGGGGAUGUGUAUAUCAGGAGAGGCAUGGUUGGGAGAGACCAGGAUGGUUUGUCCCCAAUUCCAUGGCACAGGUAAAUAUAAAUUUUUCAUAUCAGCCCUUGACAAGAUCUCCACCCACCCCCUGUACUGUUAAAUGGAUUUUUCCUCAGAUUGUGUUAAACUUUCAUUACCCGGUAAUUUGGAUGGAUACUUUUGAUUUGGAUGGAUACUUUUCGUUUGCUUUGUAGCUGACUAAAACACUCUGAUCAAUCAACCAGCUAUCGGGCUUCUGUUAUAAGGUUGUGUCCAGUACUCAAGGACAAGCAAAUUUUUCUUACCUUGCAAGUAACUUUUAACGUGACUAUGACCCAGAGCACCCAUGAACCUGGAAAACCAUCAGACCAUCAUGUACUGUUUUUAUUUCUCUCUGUAUAUUAUUAUGUGACAGGCGAAGCUAAUAAAAUAAAAUAAAAAUAAAUAAAGUUUACUUGCCCAAUGAGCCAGGCUCCUGGCAAAUCAUUGUCUAUACUAAAUGAUUAACUAAGAGGUGUAAGAAGUGGCCCCGGGCUCGGUGGGGGCGGGGGGAGGGGGCAGGGAUAUUCCCUUAUGUAUGGCCUAUACAGUGAUGUGUUACUGAACAGGGUAUGCUUUUUGACCUCUCUGUCCUAAACAAGGUGCAUAAUUCUGGCCAGUCUGUCAACAGGGUAUUGCCUGGAUAAUUGAUUUGAUUUGCUAAAUUUUGUUUGUACUCCAAGUAUACAAAAGCAAUGUGGCUUUAAAACAAGACGUCAUGUAUUUUGUCCUUUGUCCUUUGUCCUUUGUCUUUUGUCCUAAGCAGGAUUGUAUUUUAAACAUUAAUUUUGUUUAUACUGUUUGUUUGUUUGUUUGUUUUUCUAAUAUUUCUAGGUUAAAGAUUAUGACUAUUAUGGGGCUUAUGAUGUAAAAGAGAACAAAGAUUACACAUACAAUGCGCUGUUGGGCCAAGACUACACAUUUGACUUUCCACCACACCAUGAUAUUGUGAGUAACUCAGUUCUGUGAACUACAUACAAACAUCAUAGUUUCAGAUAUAAUUUUGUAGUUGCAUUAAUUAGGAACUUGCAGUGGAGCUUGUAGGUGAAACUGCCUCUACCCAGUUAUUCUACUUGUGCAAUGCAAGGUUUAUGGCAGAACCUGUCUAGUAAUAAAUUCAUUUUCAGUGCUUUUGGUGUGGUAGAUUUAUGAAUCAAUCAAAAUGACUGGGAAUUUCACAUAUAUGCCAACUCUCUGGGCACCCAGUAAUCUCCUAGUCUCCUUUACAGGUCACCAAAUUUUUCCAUUUACCCAAGUAAAAUACACUUUUGAGCUUUUCUGUGCUUUAGUUUGAAAUUUACCCUGUUUUCCCCCAGAAUAAUACUUCAGAAGGUUCACACUUUCUGUGGCAUUUGUGCAUGUAUUUAAUCACUGACAAAUUUUAUAAUUGUUACAUGCAGAAGAAGUUUGAAUGGUUUGUACCUCAUGUAAGACUUCCUGUAAUGUACUAACAUGUACAUGUAUGUGCUAUAAUUUGGUGAUCAGGUUGGUUGGUUGUUGUUGAUAUUGGGGAGAUAAUGUAAAAGAGAUAUUCAGUCUCCAGGUUUUAGAUCUCUUGAAGUUGGUAUCCCUGAAAUAUAAACAUGUUUAAAAUAAUGCAGGUCAGAUUUUAAGCUCUCACACCAUUUUUUUUUUUUUUUUGUCUUCUUUUUGCAGAUUGGAAAAGAAUGCUUAGGCUGCCGAGAAAGAGUGGCUGUGUUUAACAUGUCGUACUUUGCAAAGUAUUAUCUGACUGGGCCUGACUCUCAGAAGGCUGUUGAUUGGAUAUUUACUAACAACAUGGCAAAACCACCAGGUGAGAGCUGUUUAUUUCAUAUUUAGCAACCAUUCAUUAUUUUUUAAAAAGCCUAUGCAAUAGGACGGCAGAAAGAAGAGGACAGAAAAAAUAAUAUUUCUGUGAGCAUGGCACUGGGCUAUUACUUGCGUGUUUUGUUGUGAUCUUCAUUGUAACAUGACUGCUUUCUGGUUUUUCCCAAAAAUAUCUGUGAAGUUGAAGUUUGUAGAAAUAAUAAUUAUUAUAUAAUUAUUAUUGUCAUGCUUGUCAAACAAGGUUUGCUUUCUUCUUUCCUCUGCCAUCUUAUCGCAUGAGUUCAUUGUUAUUAAGGGUGUGUUUGAUUGAGUGUAUAUCGGAAUAAGAAUAAUGCAAAAGUUUUCUUGUGAAAAAUCUUUUGUAUACAUUUUUGGACCACUUAAAUUUUUUGCACAUUGGAGCAUUUUAUCUCAAGCAGCGAUUAUAGACAUUACAGUGCAAUGAAUGCCAAAACAAAUGAAUCCUAGAGUUAAUAGCUUUUAUUUUUAAACCAGAAUACUGUCAAUCAAACAUGCAUGCCCUAAAUGCAGACAAUGGCCAGAUAUCUGAAGCUCAGAAAUCUUUUUUAUUCUCAAUUUGCUUUUUCUUCUCACUGGAGUUAGUCAUGAUUAUGAAUAAUCUAAUUUAUAAUAAUAGAGGCCUUCCAUUAAGGUAGGGUCUGAAAUUAUUUUUUUAUUCAGGCACCAAGUGGCAACUGAAAUCUUUUUUCUAGUCACCAGAUGGAAAAUUCUGGUCGCUAGCAAGUGUCCAUAAAAUUGUUGCUUCACAACGAAACAUGAAAAAACGAAGUUCUUAAAGACAUUUUUUUCACUUAAAACAUAAUCUGUAAUACUCGUGAACGAUUGCAAAAGUCUCACUGCCAUGUAACAAAAGGCAUUAAAAUAGUGAUAACUUGAACAGAUCAACUUCUGAUGACUGAGAAGCACAUGCUACAGGGUAUGUCUAAACCAUGAAUGAACAUCUUUGCGCUUUCUGGUUUUUCUGACAGUAAGUGGCCAGUAAAGCAUUCGGGAAAAUUUGUAGAGUUCCAGAAAGGCACAUGUUCAAGCAAUGCACCCACAGUAUGGCUUGCAGAUGAAACCACUGAAAACAUGGUGGAAGCUAAAUGUUGAUUACAGUGUGUGGAUUAUAAUUGUUUUAGAGGCCAUUUAAACGGGAAUCUCACCAUCAUUUUGCUGUAAAUGUUUUCUAUGGAGAAUAAAAAUUUUGAAAAGACAAGGGGUAAGUUUCUUCUGGAAAUCAAUCAAGAAAUACAAAAUUAAUUUCUUGAGCAUCAGUUCAAAACAUUAACAAGGAACUGAAAGUCAGUUGCCAGCUAGUCUUGAAAAUCUGGUCACAAACAAUGAAUUUUGGGUCGUAUCAGCGACCAGCUGAUCGCAAUUUCAGACCCUGCAAUGGGGAGUAUGCUGUCCCUUUGUCAGUCAUUUCUGAAACUGCCUACAUGUCACCUGGUAGGUUCGGAAAAGAUGUUGUUGUCACAUUUUAGAUUGGACAAAAAUGUUGCUUUGGGUUUGGCAUAAAUGUUUGUGAUCUACAAUUUGGAAUUUACAGCAGAUAUGGUGCCUGGAAAGAAUUAAUAUUGUUAUUAACCCUUCUCUCUUGAGGGACUGUUCUUGAACAAUACCAUAAUUAGAUAAUGUUAGCAAUAACUUUCCAAAGAAGGUAACAGAAAAUGUUUUUAAAUAACAGUCAAGAGGCAAAGGAAAUUGAGAGCAAAUCUAGGCCAAAGCCAUGUUAACCUGGAUUUCAUUUGUAUAAUAAUUAUCAUGAUUGUAUUACAGGUGCUACUACCUACACAUGUAUGGCAAACAAAGAUGGUGGAGUAGAAGCUGAUAUUACAGUCAGUGUUUUAGAGAAUGGAGAUGGUUCAAGUGUCAUUAAACCAAAAUUUGAAGGUGAGGACUAAAAAGAGAUGAACAAGCAGUUAUUCUUUAACAUAAUCAUCAUCAUCAAGCUGUGGAGCCAGUGAUUAUAAGUUUCCAACUGCCGUCAAUGAUUAUGGCCAUGCAAAACAUUUUUCCGAGAUGUUUACCUCCAGUAGAGCACCAAGCUUUCAACUUUUGGCUUCAAUGCUGCUUGUCUGAGUCAGGGCCCGAAAAAGUCCCAUCUAGGUUCAAAGGUUCAUUUAUUUCACACUAUUUACAGAGAAUAACAUAGAAAGAAAAAUAUAGUCACAACAGAUGAUUGUAAAAUAAAAUAACUGUACAUUUCGGGUUAUAAAAUGUGUGUGAUGGUCAAAGUAGUGAAAGCUUUCUAGUUGACCACCACCUACUUUUAAGUAAAAUGAAGAAAUGACUCUGAGCUUUACAUAUAUUUGAGAAUGUUUGUAGGGCCUAGGACUAGGACAAUAUUACAUCUAUAUAAAGGUACAUUAGAGAUAUAAGGAACCAAAAGAGAAAUCAAGACAAAACAAACUUCUAGAAGAAAAAAGAAAAGAAAACAACAACACCAACAGCAGUAGCAACAACAGCAGCGACAACAAAGACAAAAUACAAGCAGACAAUUAUUAUUUUUAGACUACUGUUAUUAUUAGGUAGUUAGGUAUACAUUUGAAUAUUAAACAGGACCAAUGUUGUGUAGACCAAUGUCUAGUAGACCUGCUGGUAUUUCUUGGGAAGUGAGUGUUUGGCUGAACUUUUUUUACAGGUGAUGGAUUUUACCUUGCUAUUGGUGGCGGUAUUGGUCAGCACAGUUGGUGUCACAUUCAAAAUAUUAUUCAUGACAAGCAGUACAAUGUCAAGCUUGAAGAUAACUCAGAGAAAAUGGGAAUGCUGAGUAUUCAGGGACCUAAAAGGUCAGUGGGAACAAUAAAUGAUAUUAUUGAUGGUGUGUUACCUCAUGCAAAGUAAUCGAAGACAUUAUCCUGAAUUAGUAUCAAUGGAUAUUUGCGUACUGGUCUUAUCAAAGUUGAAAGAAACGUCAAAGGGUCUAUUUAAAUUGGGGCUGCAGUAGGUGGAGUGCCUGGAGGCAAUGUUUCUUCUGCCAUCAAUCAUUGGUAGACAUGUUGAAAGGCCCAGUGAAUAACUCUUUCUAAAGUGCUACCAGUGUUUGCUUAUAAAGAUUAAUUUCACUGGCAAUACGCUGUAUGUUUCCAUCCAGUGUUAUUGCUGUUAUUUAUCGAUGUUGUUAUUUUUCAGCCGGGAGUUGCUGCAGAGUCUCACUUCAGCAGAUCUCAGCAAUGAGUCAUUCCCUUUCUCCACUCACAAGGUCAUCAAUGUUGCAGGCCAUGACUGUCGAGCAAUUAGGCUGACAUUUGUUGGUGAGCUUGGCUGGGAAUUGCAUAUUCCAAACGAUUCCUGCGUGCCUGUCUAUGAGGCUGUCAUGGGGAUAGGAGAAAAGUUUGGUAUUGUCAAUGGUGGCUACAGAGCUCUAGAUUCACUGAGUGCAGAGAAGGGGUACAAACAUUGGCAUCAGGAUCUGCGGCAUGAUGACACCCCACUGGAGGCAGGGCUGGGCUUCACCUGUAAACUCAAGAGAGAUACUCCCUUCCUUGGACGAGAAGCUCUUGAGAAGCAAAAAGCUGAAGGUCUCAGCAAAAAAUUAGUCUGUUUUACCAUUGAUGAGUAAGUCUUUUUAUUAUACUAAUGCGGCUAAAUUUUAUUUAGGCUAAGUUAGCCUCGAGCCAAUGCAGCCGGCGGUGUCCCCGUAUUAGCAUGCGUGACAUGCGGGGUGGCCCACCUGGGAUUUUCAGGGCCGCUAUCAUUUUGCAUUAUUUUGCAAGCUAUUCUAGCUGAUCGUUGCGGAUCACCUUGUUGCUUUGUGAUGGCGAAUCUUGGCAUGCUACACAGAUCUGCUGUCAUGCGGGGGUGUGCAGGUAAGUAUUCCACGCGGGUAAGUAUUUUCCACUGAGUACCCUCUCAGUGUGACAGUGCCAGUUAGCGGCUGCUGGCAGGGGUGGUUCCCACUUCCAGGGUUGCCUGGUUACCUCCUUUGCCGUAUUUUUCACAGUUAGCCUCCCCGCUAACCUUUUAGGCACCAGUUCCCAAGCUCAUCAAUUGGCGAUGAGUUUAAUAAGGAACAACAACAACAAAAGCUUUAUUUGCCUGACCAUAAAGGCAUCACAGUAUUGCAAAAGCCACUAGUCUAAAUUUAAUUACUAAUUCAACUAAUUAAUGUAAAGCAUUUCAAAACAUUACAGAUUUCAUUCAUUUAUAGAUAUUAAUUUGUUUCUUAAUUCAAAGCAUUGCGAGAUAAAUAAAACUAAUUGACAGUUAAUUAACUAAUCAGAGGAAUUCAUAAGAUGAGCUAAUAAAGUAUCGUGUGAAAGUGAUUUGAAGUUAGGUAUUUGAAGUUCUAUUUGGAGAAAAUACGUCUCCAAUCAGAGACUCUGGUCUCUAAUCUUAGAAUAGGCCUCACAAUCUAGUAAGAAAUGAUUUUCAUCUUCAAUUUUGUUACUGUUGCAAAAGGAACAUAUCCUUUCAUUGCAAGGGAUUUCUUCAUAUCUACCCGUUUCAGUUUUAAGUAAGGAUGACAGAAAACUGAAGACCCAUGACUAGAUGAUGAUCAAGACCUUGCUUAGAAAAAAGUGAAAACUUUGGAGCAAAAAGUUAGAAAAUCUGGGAUGGGACUUAACACAUGAAAACAAGACUCCCUGACUCAUCACAAAUGCUUUUAAAAUUUCUUGAUUGGUUGUUGUUUCAAAUUGUUUCGAGGGUGGCAGCAAGUAGAAGUAGAGGAUAUUACAUGGCCACGUGGAGAUACGAAAUUUCUCUUCAAGUGUUGAAAAAUAUUUCAUGAGUGAGCGCAGCGAACGAAUGAAAUAUUUUUUUAACAUGAGAAGAGAAAUGUCAUAUCUCCAAGUGACCAUGUAAUGUUCUUUUUACUAUAUAUUAAACACCAAUGAAAUACCAAACCAUUUUACUCAAAUAGUUUUUUAGUCUGAAAGGUGCGGUUUAUUAUGAAGCCAUAACAACGGUGAUAUUUCCACAUGUGAAGAUAUCAAGUUUUCACGCGAAAGCUCACUUGGUAUUUCAUUGGUGUUUAUAUAAUAAAUAGAGGAUAUUACAUGGCCGUGUGGAGAUACAAAAUUUCUCUUUGAGUGUUGAAAAAUAUUUCACGAGUGAGCACAAUGAAUGCAUGAAAUAUUUUUUCAACACAAGAAGAGAAAUUCCUAUCUCCAAGUGGCCAUGUAGUGUUCUAUGUAUUAUUUAAACACCAAUGAAGUACCAAACCAUUUCACUUAAGCAGUUUUUUGCUGUGAAAGGCGCAAUGUGUUAUGUAGCCAUAGCAACAGUGAUAUUAACAUUUUAUUUUCACAGGUGAAGAUAUCAGGUUUUUGCACAAAAGCUCACCUGGUAUUUCAUUGGUGUUUAUAUAAUAGAUCCUCUAUUAUAAGCCCCCCUCUCAAAUAAGCUCCUAUUUACGGGGGAAGAAAGUUAUUAAGUUCCCCCACUUUUUUAAUCCCCCCUCUCCUUAUUCUCCACUUGCGAAUUAAUGAAAGAUGUACUGAUCCACUAUGAAUUAUUCACUUGCUGGAAGUGAUCUUUGGCUUCAAGACCUCUAAAGUGAUGUGCUUAAGUCUUUCCACUAUGCAUCCUAGUUGUUUAUGGAGAAUUGAUACCAUCUUCUGGUUGUUUGAAAAAGCAGUAUGGUGCUCCAUUUCAGUAAAUUAAUUAAGCCCCCCUCCACCCCGCCCUCAAACGUGCUUUAAAUAAAUAAGCUGCCCAGGGAAGAGGGAAUUUACGGUUCUCAUUCCCCUUCUUAGUUUUACCUUAUAAUGUUCAUGGUAUGGUUCUUUUGUAUCCCUGGUGUAAACUAGUUUUAAUUUUCUUUUUUGUGUGUGUUUUGGCAAUGUAUGAGGAAGGGAUUAAAACAAAAAAAUUUCACAAGAGUUAGAAUCUAUAGACACAAAAAAGAGACCUUUACUAGAAAAUCAAGACAAACGUGUCUUAUUAUGGAUGUAGCAUUCUCAUGGAUGAGUGCCACUUCUAACUUCAAGAUAUUUUCUUCAUUUACAGUCAUAAAUCACUUAUUGGCCUAGAAGCAAUAUGGCGAGAUGGAAAAGUUGUUGGCUUUAUACGAAGAGGAGAAUACAGCUUUGCUUUGGGCAAGAGUUUGGCCUAUGGAUACGUUAAAAAUCCAAGUGGCAAGCCUGUAACUACAGAGUUCUUAAAAUCUGGAAAAUACACCAUUGAAUCAAUGGGAGAGUUGUUUCCAGCCCAGGUGCACACAAAAGCUCCAUUUGAUCCCAAGAAUCUUAGAGUUCAAGGAUUUUAUGAAAAUUUAUAAAUGAAAUUCUUACUGUAGUGUUAGUGUCCAAUUAUUGGAUGAGGGUUUGGUGAUAUCUGGAAUAAUCAAGGUUGAGG